ACUGUUGAUACUACGCUUCAUCACCCUUCAUGUUUAGGUGGUAUGGAAAGAAAUGUUUAUUUUUGCUUCAUAAGAUGAAUGAUAUUAAUAACAAUAAAUGUUAUAAAAUUAUAUAGUAGUAUUUACAAAUUAUUUAUGCGAUUAUGAACAUUCUGAAAAUAUAAAAUUAGAAACAGAUAAAAUGAUGCACGCUACAAGAGUGAAUACUUCUGAACGUAGAUUUGAAAUACAAUGCAAAUUAGAGACAGAGCUUGCUUCGCUAGAAGCAUUGAAAGAUGCAGAAGAACGAAGUAGAAAAUUAACUAGUAAUGUUGUUGGAAUUUUAUCUUCUUUGGAACAACGUCUUGCAACAUUACGUCGUACUAUACUUCCUGUCUAUAACGAAACAGGAACUCUUCAGGCACAACAACAAAAUAUAGAACGGACAUUGAAUGCUUUAGAUCAUGCCAUUGGCUACUAUGGUGUGUGUCAGGAAGUUGAAGGAACAGUACGGGCAGGACCUGGAGGGUCUGGUGGUUUAGACAGUUUUCUGGAAGCAAUGAAUCGUCUUUACAAUGCGCAACGUUAUUUUCAGAAAAAUAAUCCUAGUUCUGUAGAAUUAGAAAAUGUAACGAGUUUAUUUGUUAUCGGAUUGGAUGCUUUGUACGCCGAAUUUCAUGAUAUUUUAACUAGGCAAAGUAAACCAAUCCUUCCAAUUGUUCUUUUGGAUUUAAUCGGUUCGGACGAAGACACUAGCGGCGAGGAUGCUCCGCAAUCUCUUUGUCAUCUACCGGAAAGUAUUUUAGGAGAUUUACUUAAAAUUGCAGCAUGGCUGGAAGAGAGAGGACACCGUAAACACGUAAAAAUUUACGCAUCCGUGCGCUCUGCAAUCGUUUUGAGAUCAUUACAAUUAUUAAAGGAACAUCAAAGAAGCGCUAGCGGUGGCAGCACGCACGCAGGAAGUCCUCUACCAAAAACGAAAUUCAGUAACAGACAUUCGCUGGGAAUUCAAGAAAUUAGCGGAAGAAAAGCUUCGAAAAGAUUACAGCAUGCUCUUGAAAAAAAAGCUAGCAGAAUGUUAUUGAAAGCUUCUCAAACUACUGGUUUAGGAUUGUCGUUAACCGCAUCUAGAAAACCACCUCCUCAAUUAUCUGGAUAUUCUGUAGAGGAUACAGCACCGGAUGAACAAGAAAUGGAAAAUUAUUUAUUAUUAACAGUUGGCCUUCACAAACUGAUGCAAGCAGAGCGAUCGUUGGUUGCGAAAAUUUUGCCAACCAGUUUACAGGCUCAAGUUUUAGAAGCUACUGUGCGCGAAGCUAUGGAUCUUGUUGCUCACGAUGGAGAGAGUAUAGCAACUAGAGCUAAACGAUGCAUCGUACGACGUGAUUUUUCAGCAGUAUUAGUGAUCUUUCCUAUCUUGAAACAUCUUGGAGAACUAAAACCUGAUUUAGAACGUACAGUAGAAGGUUGCGAUUAUGCUCUCAGAUCAAAAUUCACCUCUGUAUUGAAUACACUGAAUAUAACUGGAGCAAAAACAUUGGAUGAUUUUGCAGAAAGUGUCCGGAAUGAAUCUAAUUCAAUUUUACCUAAAGAUGGAACCGUAGCAGAAAGUACAAGUAAUGUUCUAGUUUUUCUAGAACAACUAGCAGAAUAUGCUGACAUUGCAGGAGCUGUUUUGAAACGUAAUACCGAUAUGGAAAGUAGCGCGUCUACGAGACAAACAGAAAACAUGUACAAAAGUGUUUUGGGUAGUUAUAUUAAGAAGGUACUAGCACAAUUGAAUUUAGUGCUUGUAAAUAAAAGUGACACUUCAUAUUCGGAUGUUGCGCUACGAGCUCUUUUUCGUUUAAAUAAUCAUAAUCAUGUUAUAAAUGCUCUACGUCGCAGUUCUUUAAUGGAUCUAUUAUUAUUGGCUGAGCCUACCGCAGAACAGACAUAUCAUGAUCUUUUAUUACGUAAUAAAGCAAAUUACGUCUCUACUACUUUUGCAAAAGCUCGAAGUUACCUCGAGCAACCGUUUGAUGAACCAGAACCAGGGGCUAAAACUUUAAAAGAAAAGUUUUUGGGAUUCACAAGGGAAUUAGAAGAAGUGGCCAAGUGUCAGCGUUCUUAUUCUGUACCCGAUGCUCGUUUACGAGAAGAGUUGCGAAAGGAACUCCAACAAGCUAUCGUUCCUCUUUAUACAAAUUUUCAUAAUAAAUAUCGUGGAAUUUCAUUUUCGAAGAAUCCAGCUAAGUAUAUCAAAUAUACUCCUGAACAGAUAUCUACAUUGAUUGAUACAUUCUUCGACACGACAGCAUAAUAAAUAAAUACAAAAAUUUAAUAAACACCCAUUUAAUAAAGCAUAUUUAGUUACAGUA